GCCGCCGGCAGGGAGGGAGCGGCAGCGUCCACAGACGGUCGCCUGCCCUUAACCCCCAUCAACCCUGUGUCACCCGGUCGUUUACUGCCUGGCGGGUGCCGCUCCGGAGCCCGUGGGGAACAAUGGUGACCAUGGCAGGCCUCCAUGCCCGUUGCGGAGCGCGGGGGCUCCCUAGCGAGCCUUGCAUGGUUCCACAGUUAGGGGCUCCUGGGAUCAGCGGAGUAUGCCCGUGGGACUCGAGCGUUGCUGCUGCCAGGUCUUUGGUUCAUCAGAAAUUAUGUCCUCCGACCACGUGUGCCCUGGCAGAAGUUGAGGGUGUGAAACGCCCUGGGAACUCCAAAGCGGAAGCCUUAACCGGGCGGGGAUAGUUUUCCAGGACAGGAAGAUGCCACCCAAGCGCAUAGCUAAGAGAAGGUCACCCCCUGAAGAUGCCAUCCCCAAAAGCAAGAAGGUGAAAGACGCUCGUAACCGCGGUCCUGCCGCCCGCUCCUGCCAAGUCUCACACAGGUCCCACAACACAGAGCCAGGUUUGGUGCUGACACUGGGCCAGGGCGACGUGGGCCAGCUGGGGCUGGGCGAGAGUGUGCUGGAGAGGAAGAAGCCGGCCUUGGUGCCCCUUCUACAAGAUGUUGUGCAGGCUGAGGCCGGGGGCAUGCAUACCGUGUGUCUGAGCCGAAGUGGCCAGGUCUACUCCUUCGGAUGCAAUGAUGAGGGUGCCCUGGGAAGGGACACGUCGGUCGAGGGCUCAGAGAUGGUCCCUGGGAAAGUGGAACUGCAAGAGAAGGUGGUCCAAGUGUCAGCAGGGGACAGUCACACAGCAGCCCUUACUGAAGAUGGCCGUGUCUUCCUCUGGGGCUCUUUCCGGGACAAUAAUGGUGUGAUUGGGUUGUUGGAGCCCAUGAAGAAAAGCAUGGUGCCCGUUCAAGUGCAGCUGGACAUGCCUGUGGUAAAGGUGGCCUCAGGGAACGACCACUUGGUGAUGCUGACGACGGAUGGAGACCUCUACACCUUGGGUUGUGGGGAGCAGGGUCAGCUGGGCCGUGUGCCUGAAUUAUUUGCCAACCGUGGUGGCCGUCAGGGCCUUGAGCGACUCCUGGUCCCCAAGUGUGUGCUGCUGAAGUCAAGGGGAAGCCGGGGCCGCGUGCGGUUCCAGGAUGCCUUCUGUGGGGCCUAUUUCACUUUUGCCAUCUCCCGGGAGGGCCAUGUCUAUGGCUUUGGCCUCUCCAACUAUCACCAGCUUGGAACUCCAGGCACUGGAUCUUGCUUCAUUCCUCAGAACUUGACAUCCUUCAAGAAUUCCACCAAGUCCUGGGUGGGCUUCUCUGGUGGCCAGCACCAUACAAUCUGCAUGGAUUCAGAAGGAAAAGCAUACAGCCUGGGCAGGGCUGAGUAUGGGCGGCUGGGCCUUGGAGAGGGUGCUGAGGAGAAGAGCAUACCCACCCUCAUUUCCCGGCUGCCAGUCGUCUCCUCAGUGGCCUGUGGGGCCUCUGUGGGGUAUGCUGUGUCCAAGGAUGGUCGUGUCUUUGCCUGGGGCAUGGGCACCAACUACCAGCUGGGCACAGGGCAGGAUGAAGAUGCCUGGAGCCCUGUGGAAAUGACUGGCAAACAGCUGGAGAACCGAGUGGUCUUAACUGUGUCCAGCGGGGGCCAGCACACAGUCUUAUUAGUCAAGGACAAGGAACAGAGCUGAUGAAGUCUUUGUGGGCCUGGCUUCUGGCCCCCAACCAGCUUCCUAGAACAGAAAAACAGCCAACUACAGAUCCCAGAAGGCCCUUCCCCACCCCGAGCAGCUAUCAUCUCCUUUCCCAUCACCACAGCAGAAUCCUUUC